CCCUGCACACCUGCAGCAGCUCCCAGCAGCAGCUGCCAGGGGAGCCCCAUGGAAAACCCAGGAAUCAGGGAGCUAAAGCUGCCAAAAACCUGGCCAAGCAGGUGGUGGCUCCUGCAGGGAAGAAACCUUUGAGGCAGAGGGUUGUGGAUGAGCUGAAGCAUUACUACAAUGGGUUCCACCUGCUCUGGAUCGACACCAAGGUGGCUGCCAGGAUGGUGUGGAGGCUGCUGCACGGGCAGGUGCUCACCAGGAGGGAGAGGAGAAGGCUGCUGAGAACUUGUGCAGAUCUCUUCAGGCUGGUUCCCUUCCUGGUGUUUGUCAUUGUUCCCUUCAUGGAGUUUCUGUUACCUAUGUUCCUGAAGCUCUUCCCUGACAUGCUGCCCUCCACGUUUGAGACAGAGUCAAAAAAGGAAGAGAAGCUGAAGAAGAAGUUGAAUGCCAGGCUGGAGUUGGCCAAGUUCCUGAGGGAGACCAUUACAGAGAUGGCCAAAAGGAACAAGGCAGACACAGGAAAAGAGAAACAAUUCUCCUUUUACCUGCACGAGGUCCGUCCCAGCGGCCAGCAGCCCAGCACACAGGAGAUUGUGCAUUUCUCCAAGAUCUUUGAGGAUGAGCUGACCCUGGAGCACCUGGAGAGGCCCCAGCUGGUGGCUCUGUGCAAGCUGCUGGAGCUGCAGGCCCUGGGCACCAACAACCUGCUGCGCUUCCAGCUGCUGAUGCGGCUGCGCAGCAUCAAGGCCGAUGACGAGAUGAUUGCCAAGGAAGGGGUCAGCGGGCUGAGCGUGGCGGAGCUGCAGAGCGCCUGCAGGGCCAGAGGGAUGCGCUCAGUGGGGCUCUCUGAGGAGCAGCUGAAGGAGCAGCUGGGGCAGUGGCUGGAUCUGCAUUUAAAGGAGAACAUUCCUUCUUCCCUCCUCCUGCUUUCCCGUGCCUUGUACUUAAUAGAUGUAAAGCCACAAUCUGUUCCCAUUCCACAGAGCAAGACAACUGAUGCUGCUGGAAUGACAUCUGUGCUUGAAGGUCAGAAGACCCUCCUGGAUCCUGCCUCUGUUGUACAGGGAAGAAAGACUGAAGAAUUUGUGUCCCAGCCAACAGAGAAAUUGCCAUUCUCUGAAGCAUCAGUGAAGCCUCCUCCCCCACGAGAGACCAAAAUGGAAGCAUCCCAGAGCAGCAAGGCUGGUGCCAAUGGAGUCUAAUGUGGAGGCAGCACUGGGAGGAAGCAGCUUCCAUCUCCACACCUGCAAAGGGAGCAGGGGUUUCCCAGGAGGCUGCUCUAACAGGGAGGGCAGUAUCCCUCAGGGGCCUCUCUCUCUGUCCCAAGCUUGUUAGCAACUAGGCCACUGCUGUCUGGAUGGCCCCAGACAUCUCUUUUGUGCUGGAUCCUUGCCCUGCUACUUUUAACUUAUGGUGUAAAUAUGUUAAUAAUGGUGCUGCUGUCUGUGCUGUUCCUGAGCAGGUGUUUGUGCUUAGCAAAGGCAGCUUUUCAUGUUAGAAUGGCCUGUGCACAGAACAAGCUGGGCUGGGCUCCAGCAAAGCCUGUUCUGCAGUGUGGAAUCCUCUGCAGGAACAUCCCCACACAGCCAGGGCCAGCAGCUUGUCCUGAGGGUCACAGCUCAGGCUCUUGGUCCUGUUUGGGUGUUUUAGCCAGUGACCAGCCCACAACAACCCACGUGGCCAGAGUUUAACUGAGGAGGUGGCCACAGGAAGGGAGGGAGCAGCACUUGGUGUUGUUGCAUUGAUCAGAAGGGCUUCAGGCCCUGCUGGACAGGAGCAGCCUCACCUGGGAGUGUGGGAGCUGUGCAGGAGCCACACACUGUGACAGAAUCUGACUUGCACUUUCAGGAUCCCUCUGGGUCACAAGAGGGAACAACCUGGACCUGCACACCUCACCCAAGGGUGGAGCUUUGGAUAAUCCUCACCAGGCUCAGAACACACACCAAGUGCUCUCCACACUUGCAAAGCCACUCCUCACAUCCUCACAUGCUCAGUUUUUGCCAGACUCUCAGAGGAUUCUGAAAAGCUGUUUUUAGCAUUUGUUAAAAUUUUUUACUCUGUCCUAUGUAAAUACUGAGAAAUUACUCACAUUAUGGAUUUUAAAUAUGUAUAUAUUUAUACUUACUGUAAAAUUAGAUUUGGUGCUAAGUAGGAAUGAAAUGUCUCUUCCAGAGUCAGCCAGCCUUUAGAACAACCCAACUGAGAGCCAGUUCUCCAAGCUCAGGUAGGAGCAGCACUUUAAACCCAAGGCCUCAGGCUCCUGCAGCACCACAGAGCCAGCUGUCAGGUGUCCUGUGUCCUUAGCUCUGUCCCUGAGCCUCUCCUUGUUCACCCAGCCCACCCACAGUGCUGGAUCUGUGUCUAAUAAAUGGAACAAAUGUUGUUGCAAUAAAAUAACACCUUGCCGUGGA